UGGGCCAGCUCACGGCCACGGAGCGCCGGGGCUCGCCUGAACCGCCUGUCCGGACACCCUCGGGGUGAUGGAAGAAGCGGCCGCCGCUGUGGGGCCGCGCUGUACCCCAACCGCCAACGCCGCCGGAGGGAUGGGAAGGUUUGUUGCGUGGAGGCCAAGAGCGAGCGAUGGAGAGCCGAUCAGCCUGGAGCUGGGACGUAUUUAAGCGACCCGCAUCGUCGCCUCCUGCCUGCUUCGUGCCCCAGAACCGGGAGAGAAGCUGCGGUCCCGAGAGACUCGAGGAGACGUCGCUGCAGCCGGGACGCGCCGCGCUCGGUGGAGCGCACAGCCGGGCUUUGGGCCCGGUGAAAGUUUCCCCUCCCGAGCUGCAGGGCGCCCGCUGCCGGGAAACUCUGCCUAGGGUUAGGGCAGCGGAGUUCCGCGGCUCCCUCGAAGGCUUGGGGACCCCCGGCCGAAGAGAACCGGACAGAAACCGAGGACAGGGCUAGCCCGACAGUCCGCCGGUCCGAUAUCCGGGGACGCUCUGGGGCGCACCCGCCGCUCCAGGUUCUUCUCGGAGCCGCUGCCAUGGGAGAGCCAGCCCUGGGCGCCGGGGACCAGCCGCCUCUGCCGCCGCGUCUGCCUCGGAUCGGCGGCCCCAGUCCCGGCGCCCGCAGCCGGCCUGCAGCGUCCCCCUCCCGGGCUGCAGGGCCGCCUCCGCCGCGCCGCCGGCCCCGGCUGUGCCUGUGAUGAGCCGCAGCUCGCCGCGAGCUCUGCCCCCGGGCGCGCUUCCCCGGCCGCUGCCGGCCGCGCCUGCAGCCGUGCAGCGGGCCCUGCUCCCGCCGUGGCCCCGGCGCGCAGGACGCCGCUGGCCUGCGUCCCCGCUCGGGAUGAAGGUGUUUCGCAGGAAGGCGCUGGUGCUGUGUGCGGGCUAUGCACUGCUGCUGGUGCUCACGAUGCUCAACCUCCUAGACUACAAGUGGCAUAAGGAGCCGCUGCAGCAGUGCAACCCCGACGGGCCUCUGGGUGCCGCGGCGGGGGCGACAGGGGGUGGCUGGGGACGGCCGGGGUCGCCUCCUGCAGCGCCACCCCGCGCUCAUCCGCGCAUGGACCCCCGUACCCCAUACCGCCCUCCCUCAGCGGGCGUGGGGGCAGUUCCCGCAGCCGCGGCGGGGGCUGUAGGAGCUGCGGCCUCUCCGGGCAAUGGGACUCGAGGCACCAGGGGUGGAGGGGACAAGCGGCAGUUGGUGUAUGUGUUCACCACGUGGCGCUCCGGAUCGUCCUUCUUCGGCGAGCUCUUCAACCAGAACCCUGAAGUGUUCUUUCUCUACGAACCUGUGUGGCACGUGUGGCAAAAACUGUACCCCGGGGACGCGGUUUCCCUGCAGGGGGCAGCGCGGGACAUGCUGAGCGCUCUCUACCGCUGCGAUCUUUCCGUUUUCCAGCUGUAUAGCCCCGCCGGCAGUGGGGGGCGCAACCUCACCACUCUGGGCAUCUUUGGGGCAGCCACUAACAAGGUGGUGUGCUCCUCGCCACUCUGUCCCGCCUACCGCAAGGAGGUCGUCGGGCUAGUGGACGACCGCGUGUGCAAGAAGUGCCCACCUCAACGGCUGGCACGCUUCGAGGAGGAGUGCCGCAAGUACCGCACGCUGGUUAUCAAGGGCGUGCGCGUCUUCGAUGUGGCUGUGUUGGCGCCGCUGCUUCGAGAUCCAGCCCUGGACCUCAAGGUCAUCCACUUGGUGCGUGACCCUCGUGCGGUUGCCAGCUCCCGCAUCCGCUCGCGUCAUGGCCUCAUCCGGGAAAGCCUACAGGUAGUGCGAAGCCGGGAUCCCAGAGCCCACCGCAUGCCCUUCCUGGAGGCUGCUGGACACAAACUGGGUGCCAAGAAGGAGGGCAUAGGUGGGCCAGCAGACUACCAUGCCCUGGGCGCAAUGGAGGUCAUCUGCAACAGUAUGGCCAAAACGCUGCAGACAGCCCUGCAGCCCCCUGACUGGCUGCAGGGACACUACCUAGUGGUGAGGUACGAAGACCUGGUGGGAGACCCGGUUAAGACCCUACGGAGGGUGUACGACUUUGUGGGGCUGCUGGUGAGUCCCGAAAUGGAGCAGUUUGCCCUGAACAUGACCAGUGGUUCAGGAUCCUCCUCCAAGCCUUUUGUGGUGUCAGCUCGCAAUGCCACUCAGGCCGCCAAUGCCUGGCGGACCGCGCUCACCUUCCAGCAGAUCAAACAGGUGGAGGAGUUUUGCUACCAGCCCAUGGCAGUGCUGGGCUACGAGAGGGUCAAUAGCCCCGAGGAGGUCAGAGACCUCAGCAAGACCCUACUUCGGAAGCCCCGGCUUUGAGAGGGGUUCCCAAGAGAUCUGACGCCCACUGGAGACACCCACAAAGAGGAUGGUGUUGUGUUUAAACAAACACAGCCCAGACCCAAGCUGAGGAAGCCCACAUAUUCAAUUAUAGAUAUAUAAUAUAAAUAACCACACAGGCACUUGCUGUCAACGUUUUGAGUCAGUGAAUUUCAAAGAACAGCCUCAGCACAUGCGCACACGCGUGCGUGUACACACACACACACACACACACACCUCAGAAAAAGGCAAGACUUGAAAGUUCUGACAAAUUCCCGUGUCCCCCUGCCUCUUCUCCCUCUCCCCUUCUCAUCCUUUUCCCCUCCUCCCUCCCAUAUUGAAGUGGAAUGUUGAUAAAUCAAGUUCCAGUAACCCAAAUCUUGUUUACAAUUUUUUCGUGGUAUCUGUGAAUGUGUAAGAUUAAUUUGGAUGUGGGGUGGGGCGGAUGUAAAGGGGAAAGUGGUCCCAUAGCAGAAAGCCCCCACGGGGCUGGUAAACCAUGGAGGCAUUCUUCAAAAGUAGACUUUUGUGCAAACAGCAAAGGUUACAUGUGAGUAUGAAUAAAGAAGAUAAAUAAAUAAUAA